UUUUUGCGAAGAAAAGUAAAAAGCUUUCUAAUUGCCAAACCCAAACCCAAACCCAUUCUUCCUUUCUCUUUCUCUUACCUUUCCUUUCUGCAUUCAUUCAAAAGCCUCUUUUGACCACCACGACGACCACCACCACCGCCACCGUCGUCACCACCACCACCCAUUAUCCAUCCAUCAAUGAAGGUUAACACGUUAAAAAUCCAAUCUUUCUUUUGAUCCAACAUACCCAUCACCAUUUCUCCGUCUUCACCAUCAUGGGUAUCUGCUUUUCAUCCACCAAGGUCAGUGGCUCCAACAGCAACAACAACCACCAUGGAAACGGAAACUCCGCGACCACCGUAAACCGGAACCGGAAACGGAAUACAAUUACUCAAGCAACGGUGACCAACCCGGCGGCGGCCACCACCACAGUGGCGAGCGUCCACAACGGUCAGCGGAGGAAGGACGAUGAAAAGAAGAAUAGUCAUCAUCAUCAUCAUUCGCAGAAGCCGAAGGAGAAGCCGAAGACGACGACGUUGACGACGAGAAAGAACGUGCCGUGCGGAAAGCGAACAGAUUUCGGUUACGAGAAGAAUUUCGACAAGAGAUUCACGCUGGGGAAGCUUUUGGGUCAUGGACAAUUCGGUUACACCUAUGUCGGUAUUGAUAAGGCCAAUGGGGAUCGUGUUGCCGUCAAGAGGCUCGAGAAGGCCAAGAUGGUUCUACCCAUAGCUGUUGAGGAUGUUAAGCGAGAGGUCAAGAUAUUGAAAGAACUUACUGGCCAUGAAAACGUUGUCCAAUUCUAUAAUGCUUUUGAGGAUGAUUCAUACGUGUACAUAGUUAUGGAGUUAUGCGAGGGUGGAGAACUGCUAGAUCGGAUAUUGGCCAAGAAGGACAGCCAUUACACUGAAAAAGAUGCAGCAGUGAUUGUAAGACAGAUGCUUAAGGUUGCAGCUGAGUGUCAUUUACACGGUUUGGUUCAUCGGGAUAUGAAACCAGAGAAUUUUCUUUUCAAGUCUACCAAAGAAGAUUCACCUCUAAAGGCCACAGAUUUUGGGUUGUCCGAUUUCAUAAAACCUGGUAAGAGGUUUCAAGAUAUUGUGGGCAGUGCUUACUAUGUUGCACCAGAAGUGCUAAAAAGAAAGUCGGGCCCUGAAUCAGAUGUAUGGAGUAUUGGUGUGAUUACAUACAUUUUGCUUUGUGGUAGACGCCCAUUUUGGGAUAAGACUGAGGAUGGUAUCUUCAAGGAGGUCUUACGGAACAAGCCUGAUUUCCGCCGCAAACCAUGGCCAUCCAUAAGCAGUGCUGCUAAAGAUUUCGUGAAGAAAUUAUUGGUAAAGGAUCCUCGAGCAAGAUUAACUGCUGCCCAGGCUCUAUCACAUCCAUGGGUUAAAGAAGGAGGAGAGGCAUUGGAGAUGCCUAUUGAUAUAUCUGUCCUAAACAACAUGCGACAAUUUGUGAAGUAUAGUCGAUUGAAACAAUUUGCACUAAGGGCAUUGGCUAGCACACUUGAUGAAGAAGAGAUAUCUGAUCUAAAAGAUCAGUUUGAUGCAAUAGAUGUUGACAAAAAUGGUUCCAUUAGCUUAGAAGAGAUGAGACAGGCUCUUGCUAAAGAUCUCCCUUGGAAGUUGAAGGAAUCACGUGUAUUAGAGAUAUUGCAAGCGAUAGAUAGCAACACAGAUGGGUUAGUCGAUUUCACUGAAUUUGUGGCGGCUGCAUUACAUGUACAUCAAUUGGAGGAACACAACUCUGAGAAAUGGCAUCAACGGUCACGAGCUGCCUUUGAGAAAUUCGACAUAGAUAAGGAUGGAUAUAUUACUCCAGAUGAACUUAGAAUGCAUACCGGCUUGAGGGGCUCCAUUGAUCCGUUGCUUGAGGAAGCUGAUAUUGACAAGGAUGGGAAAAUCAGCCUAUCGGAAUUCCGAAGACUUCUCAGAACUGCAAGCAUUAGUUCUCAACAAGUGACCAUCCCCCAUCGGCGCAAGCUGUAGAUUGGAAGUGUUUUAGAAGCUGCAAAUGUUUAAGGGUGUGAGAGUGGUGGAGUUGUUCCAAGAUUUAUCUCUUGUGCAGAUUGUGCUGAAGCCUCUAAGAUAUGUAUGUAACUAUGAAUAUUCUGCACAUUUUGCUCUCACCAUUCUAUGAUACUCUAAAGACUCCAGUUUAUAAUGACCAUGGUAUUUCUGCAAAAGAGUGCGUUAUACGAAAAAAAUUUAGAGGGCUGUCACAGGAGGUAUUUAAAUAGAGUUUAUGGAGACCCUGCAUGGAUUGGCUUCGAGUACCACAUUUUAAUCAGUGUAUAUUACUUCUGUGCUUGUAACUUGUACCAUAAUGUACUGUGUAACUGAAAACGAAAAUCUUACUACAAAAAAGGGUAAAUUAUCCUUGCAUUAAUAGUCAAAUGAAAUUAUAUUGACUAUUAUUUUGAUUAUUUGAUUUGUAAUAUACUAAUGUAUUUGUAUAAUUUAUCAGAUUUGUUGU